AUGAAGCUGAUCCUAUGUCUGUCUCUCCUUACCUGUCUGGCAUGUUGGAUAGAGGCAAGAAGAUACUCUCAAUGUGAACUGCUCAAAAUAUUUAGAAAAACUAGACUGGAUGGAUAUCGUGGCAUUGGUGCUGCUACAUGGAUAUGCAUUGCUAAGCAUGAGAGUAACUACAGAACUAAUGUAGUGAAUAACAAUGGACCAAGUCGUGAUUAUGGAAUUUUUCAAAUUAACAGCAGAUGGUGGUGCAAUGAUGGGAAGACUCCAAAAACUGCAAAUGGGUGUAAAAAAUCAUGCAGCAGCUUUCUGAAUAAUGACAUCACUGAUGAUAUUGAAUGUGCUAAAAGAGUGGUCAGGGAUCCUCAAGGUGUGAAUGCUUGGGUCGUCUACAGAAAAUACUGCAAAGGAAAGGAUUUGCGCAAGUAUGUUAGGGGAUGCUGA